AUGGAAACGAAGCUCUUGCCGGCUGGGCCUGGAGUUCUACCACAGCCAUGUCAGCGCUCGCUGUCUCUUUCGCCGCUCCUCCCCGCCUCAGAUCGGUUGCGAUGGAAAGAUUUGUCGCAGGCAGAACUCCUCUCAGACCUCGAGGAAAUCUCUCUCCGUGCCGCCGCUCUGUGGGAAGUGUCGAAACUCACCAGCCGCGAUGGUGCGCAAAGAGGCUCUGCCGAAAGGCAAGAAACGGCGAGGGACUGGGGAACCCUCGAUGAACACUUCGCAAAGGAGGUGUUCCGGCUCGCCGGAGAGGCGAUACAGGUUGCCCGGGAGAAAGAAAAUCAAGAAAAAGCAAGAGAAGAGAAAGAAGACGGAGUGAAGGAAGAGAACGAACAGGGAGGGGAUGAAGAGAAGGAAGAGGGAGGGAAGGCAGAGCGAGAGGAUGAGAAGGAAGGCGCAGAGGCUGUGUCGUUGUUUUUCGAGGUCAAUGCCAUGCGCCAAGACAUUGCUCAGGAGGCUGUCGACCUUUCGCUCUCAGUUGACCUGCUCCGACUGUCGCUUCUCUCUGCUGCUUCCAGAUGUCUCUCUUCCGAGAAACAAGCAGAGGCCUGGCGGCUGGCGAGUGUCUCAACAGUCGCUUCGGGUGUAUGUACACCGCCUGACUCGGGAAUGCUCCCGGUCCAGGAGGCGAAAAUCGCGGACAGAGAGCGGUUCGCCUCCCACUUCCGGCGUGUGUGUACACUCCGGCGCAGCGACGGGCGUCGAGCGGACGAGGCUUUCGAGAGUUUCUGGAUGCAGCCGACAUGCUGCCGGCGCCCGACGGAUGCUCUGCAGAGAGAGGCUCUCGCCCGCGCGCGGCCAAGUGCGGCAGGCGACCUCGUCGAUUUCUGGCACCGGCUCUUGCGCCUUCCGUCGGUGUGUUUUCGCCACGACGCAGCCGACCUCUUCUCCGCUUCAGCGCUUCCGCAGGUCGCGCAAGACGCGAAGGACGCCCAGCGCGACUCGUUCCUCCUCAACGGGAGUUUCGUCUCCGGCGCUGAUGGAUUUGCGCGGCUCCUCACGCGUCUUCACGACAUUCUCCGUCCGCACGCCAGGGCUACGUUAGACUCGGUCCUCGAAGCGUUGUUAAUUCUCCAUUUGCAGAAUCGAACGUACACCGGAGGGUCGAGCGUCGAUUUCCUUUUUCCUCUUCUCUCUCUCCCUCCUCUCUGUCUCCUCGUUCCUCUUCCCACGAACUCGAUGCAUAAUCAGCUUGUCACUGUCCACUCCCCGUCCAACCGCCACAGACUAUCUUCUUCCUCUCCUGACUCGUCUUCUUCCUCUCCUGACUCGCCUCCUUCCUCUCCUGACUCGCCUCCUUCCUCUCCUGACUCGCCUCCUUCCUCUCCUGACUCGUCUCCUUCCUCUCCUGACUCGUCUUCCUCUUCCUCUUCUCCGUCUCACUUGUGUUCAAAGACGGAGGGCCCCGUCGGCGUACAGCUGCAUGCGCACAUCCAGUAUUGUUUCCACGUGGCAGCUUCGGACGGCGUCUCCGCGGAGGCGCCGCGCAACAAAGUUUCUCUUUCUUCGAUCUGGGGCGGGUCGGCCGAGCGUCGCGGCUCUUCGCUCUCUGCCUUGCUGGGGGUGUCGAAGAAACGAAAACACACGGGACAAACCAAAGAGAAAACGGAGACGGAAGAGCGGAAGGAGGCGGGUUCGAAAGAAGCGCUUUCCAAAGACACAGCCCAAACCCUCCUCGAAAAAGUGACAAUCGACGUGCACUGGUUUGGAUCGGUGAAUCUCGAGCGCCUUCGUCGAGCGCAUGCUCUCCACGAAAAGAUAAAAGACGCCCUUCACACGCAGACGACGCAAAACGACAAGGCGCGAAGCAUCUGGGAGGAGGUGACGUCCGCGUUCGCCGUGGACGCCGAUAUGGCCGAGGCAGCGAAAACGGGAGCAAAGCUGCCGGCGCAUGCCGCGGAAUCGUCUGAAGACGGUUUGGGAAACGAGGCAGAGCCCAUCAGUCAGCAGUGCAUCUACUUGAAAAUCAAUGCGCGAGAAAUCUGGGAAAACUACCUCAAGGCACAGGAAACAGAGGGGAGAAAGGAAAAACAGAGAGAUGCGUGA